AUGACUGCGGCGGGUGUUUUCGUGCUCCUCUCCUUCGCACUUUGCUGCAUCCCAGAUGCUGCCUUUGGGAUUGAGGUGGACUGCAGCACGUAUCCCAACACUACAAAUGAGGAAGGCAAAGAGGUGUUGGUGUGCAGCGAGGCCGUCAGCCCCAUCUGCGGUUCUGAUGGAGUCACCUACGGCAACGAGUGCUUGCUCUGUGCCUACAACAUAGAAUACGGAACCAAUGUCAGCAAAGACCACGAUGGAGAAUGCAAGGAAGUUGUCCCUGUGGACUGCAGUAGGUACCCCAACACAACAAGUGAGGAAGGCAAAGUGGCGCUGCUCUGCAACAAAGACCUCAACCCCAUCUGUGGUACCGACUGGGUCACCUACGACAACGAGUGCCUGCUGUGUGCCCGUAACCUAGAGGCUGGAACCAGUGUUGGCAAGAAGAAUGACGGUGAAUGUAAGAAGGAAAUUGUCACAGUUGACUGCAGUGACUACCCUAAACCUGUCUGCUCACUUGACUACAUGCCUCUCUGUGGCUCGGACAACACAACAUACAACAAUAAGUGUAACUUCUGCAACGCAGUCGUAGACAGCAAUGGGACUAUCACUUUAAGCCAUUUUGGAAAAUGCUGAGUAUCAGUGCUGAGAGAAUUCAUCACAGGAUCCCCACCGGCAAAUCCCAGCUAAAGACCUCACCUCAGUUCAUCUCACCCUCUGGGGAACUCAGCUCACUCCUGAUUUUCUUUCUCAAUAAACUAAAUCAGCAACA